CUUUCGACCAAAUUCUGGCCCAGAUCGAAUUCGACUCGACUCGAAACGCACGCAACCCGUUCACUGGCUAGAUCUAGGGUUUCAUCUCCGCACCCUCUCUCUCCAAUCGAUUCAUCUCCGCACCAUCUCUCUCUCCGAUCGAUCCUGGCAAGCAGCUGUGAUGGAGAAGGGCCUGGACACGGCGGCGACGAAGCGAGGAUCCGAGGCCGAGGCGGAGGAGCCGGGGCGGAAGAAGGCGGCGGGGGCGACCAAGACGGCGAAGGUGGUGCCGUGGCUGAUGGAUUCGUUCGACCAGAUGUUCGACGAGGUGAGGCUGAAGCAUGCGGUGGCGAGGCUGAACAAGGCGAACCCCGGCGCGCCGCCGGUCGUGCCGGAGGAGCUCACCGAGGAGAGGCGGGCGGCGCUGCUGCAGGAAGAUACGGAGUGGAGGAACAGCAUGAAGGAGGAGGAGCUCGCGGCCGCGCGGAGAUACGUGGCGGAGCAAGCCCGGGCGCCACCAUCGCCGGAGGAACCCACCGACCCCAGCAAGGACAGGUGGCAGCUGGAUUAUGACCUUGGCCGCCAGGAAUUGGAAAUGAAACUGGCAAAAUGGGAGGACUUCGAGGGCUUCGACUUCGAGCGCAACACGCUUAUCCCUCCCAUGUGUUUCACCGACAACCCAAUGCCUGAUGACACCGACCACAGGCUUACUGCGCAGAUCUUUACCGUCAAGGUAGCGGGAAUAGAUGGGGAUUUGCAGUGGCCUCUGGAUGUGUUUGGUAUGGUCGCUGUGCGCGACAAGCUGGAUUACAGUCGCAAUGUUAUCUUCAACCGCACGAGGGACAACUGCCAAACCCUCACUCAACAGGAUCCAUAUUUGGUACUGGUAGGUCCUACCCGUGCUGUGCUCUAUAGUGGGUAUGUGUACUUUGAUGCCAUGCUGAAAGUGAAGGGAAGGACAGAAUUUGAGGACACUGAUCUAAGCCUUGUAUUUGAGCGCUUCUUAUGCUGUGAAAAGCUCAAUUUAUGCGUAAGCUUUGGAGAGUGCAUGCUCCGUUCCUGCGUGAGUAGCAGUCUCUACACCAGCAAGCUUAGUACAUUGGAGUUAACAUGUGGCCUCGUUGUGUCUUCUGUUGAGGCCACCAUCGCCGCGCAGAUCGUCAAGGGGUCAUGGCCAGAAGGGUCCCGAGGCCAGCUUACUGCCUGUAUCGGCAGUGUGGGUGACAUGAAUGUCAUGCUGCUCGACUCUAGAGAAGAGAAGUUGCCUGUUAUUGCUGCUGAUGGCACAAUUCAGCUCUCGCGCCGUGUUGUGUCUGUUGAGAGGUUUGGCCAACUGAUAGUCCGUGGCGUGGUGAAUCGAGGUGGUGGUGACCAUGACAAGGUUCUGGCAGAGGGUAAGGCAUCCUUUGCGCCUCUUGAUGCAGGUCGAAGCCGUGGUACGCUUGAUCUUAACGGCAUGUGUAAGCUGGAAAUCACUGUCGCCUGGUCUCUUAUCCUGAAGUACCCACCGGUUGGUGGUCUACCUCCAACCAGUUGAUCAAGGGAGGCUCUUUGGUGCUGGAGAUUGCUUGACAUAGCCUGACGUUGUCCUUUUAUUUAUGUCAUCGAACAUGUAACUAAUUAAUGAUCUGUGGAGGCUGUUGCUUGCAAUAGUUCAUCUGAAAUUGCCUGAGAUUAUGUUGUUAUCUAUUCUGUGUCAUGGAACCUUUGUUCACCUGUGGAGUAAGUGUGUGUAUGGCAUUGUGAAGUGUUGCGUUGGCGUGGAAGUUGACUGUUUAAUGACUCGCCCCCAAGUCAUUGUUAAGUUUGUGUGAAAAGGUGUUGUGUUAUACAAGUAUAAAUGAUGACAUUCUGGUUUA